CUACGCCCUCGACCAGCUGUUCAGCUUUUUGUUGACGUUGUAGUUGAAACCGCAGCGUCUUUAACCACCUUUUAGGUUUAGCAUUAGUUACUAAGGAGAUCGAUCGCUAUGUCGGCGGUGGCCUACGACUCCCUGCUGUCCACGACGGCGGUGAUCAGCACCGUCUUCCAGUUCCUCUCCGGCGCCAUGAUAUGUCGAAAGUACAUCCAGAAGAAAAGCACGGGCGACUCUUCCGGAGUUCCCUUCAUAUGCGGAUUCUUAUCGUGCAGCUUUUGGCUGCGCUACGGUGUCUUAACCAACGAGCAGAGCAUUGUGCUGGUCAACAUCAUAGGAUCGACGCUCUUUCUGGUCUACACGCUGAUCUACUAUGUGUUUACCGUCAACAAACGUGCCUGUGUAAAGCAAUUUGGAUUCGUUCUGACCGUUCUGGUGGUGGUCAUUCUCUACACCAAUCGACUGGAAGAUCAGCGCGAUCGAAUGAUACACGUCACAGGAAUUGUGUGCUGCAUCGUGACCGUGUGUUUCUUCGCCGCCCCGCUGGCUAGUUUGCUGCAUGUGAUACGGGCGAAGAACUCCGAGAGCCUUCCCCUGCCCCUGAUAGCCACGUCCUUCGUGGUCAGCCUGCAGUGGCUAAUCUACGGCAUACUGAUAUCGGACUCAUUUAUCCAGAUUCCCAACUUUCUGGGCUGCAUACUGUCGCUGCUGCAGUUGGGUCUGUUUGUCCUCUACCCGCCGCGAAGCUACUCCGGCCACGGCUACAAGCUGGUCGAACAGGCUGUGCCGUUUUAGGCAGCUAAUCGGACAGAGCCACGCAUUUUGCUUUGGCCUCCGAGCAUGCCGCAUACAGGGUUUAUACGUGUUGCUUGCUUAGGCGCCAGGCUUAUUUACUAUAGACAUACGUAAAAGUAAGCCUAUAUUUAUUGUAAAGUAUUUAUUAAAUCCCGAGGAUUUGCCUCGAAUAUGCUGCUACUUA